GGAGGAGAGCGUGCAUGCAGCACGACAGAACAGAUGCCUUUGCGAGUCUCUGAAGGAGCGAGGGUGGGUCCCACCGGUGACACAGACAUCCCCAACGAGCGAGGGCCACGAUAGCUGCGAGCGAGCCAAGGAUGCGAGAGAUGCACGAAAAUUCGCUCUGUGCGCGAGCGAGCGAGCGAGCCACAGAGAGGGCCCGGAGCAGGAGCUACGGGGCCAGGGGCAGGCUGGAGAAUUUCGAGACGGACUCGCAGUUCGGGAAGAAUGUUGGAAGAAGGACGCUAGCUUGACAUUAUCUGAAUUUGCCAUACGUCGGAUCAGGGGCCAAGCACCAUGCUGCAGCACUGUGCUCUGAGGAGGCCUUGCGAGCGCAUGCCUCGGCUCCAGCCAAUCUUGCGCAGCUUUUCAUCGCAGCAGCUUCGGCUCGCCAGCUUGAAUUCUCUUCGAGCUUCACCAUGGAUUCCUUCCGGUGCGGCUGUGCACGGGUUGGGCUUCGGCUCGAAUCAGCAUCGGCCUCUUGUAAUUCGCGCCAGAGUUGCGCAGGCUCAUAGUAGUAGUGGCGCCAAGGAAAACGGGGCCAUACUUCCAGAGCCUCCUGCAGAUGCGGGCUUGAGAACUGUCUUGCCUUAUGUAUGGAAUCUGGCUGCCGGAGAUAAAACUUUGAGCUGGCGCUUGGCUGUGGCACUUGUUCUGCUCGUCAUUAGCAAGGCUUCAGGGCUUGCAGGACCAGUAUUUUUUAAGCGUGCUAUGGAUAAUCUCUCUCAAGCACCAGCUCAAGUCUUCUCCACAAAGAACAUGCAUUCGGCUGUCCUAAUACUUGUCUUGGCUGCUCUGAGCAAAGCAGUAAGCGCAAUGCUGAAUGAGCUUCGGUACCUAGUGUUUGCUCCCCUGGGUCAGUCUACUGGAAGGAGGGUGGGUGUUCAGCUUUUGGAGCACAUUCUCCGCCUGGAUUUAGCGUUUCACCUAGAGCGACAGACUGGGGCUUUGACACGCAUUCUCGAUCGAGCGCAACGAAGUGUAGUCAAUAUCUUUCGAGCUGUUGUUUUUACUUUCGUACCAACGGCCGUGGAGCUAGCGUUCGUCUGUCUACUAUUAGCCCAGCAAGUCAGUGGACUGGUUGCGGGAAUAGUCCUCACUACGUUUGGUGCAUACGUGGCGUACACUGUGGUUAUAACUUCAGCUGCUGCAGCAAGUCGAAAGGAGGUGAACAAGCUAGAAAAUCUGGCUACUGGAAAAGCUGUGGAUGCUCUUCUGAACUACGAGACCGUAGUGCAGUUCAAUAACCAAAAGCUGGAAGUACAUCAGUACAAUGAACUUCUACGAAGAUACCAGAAGACGUCUCUGGAUGCAGAGCGUCUAUCAGCAGCGUUGAAUGCGGGACAGGCUUUGAUUCUAGCCAUGGGUGUUGCUGCAGUCAUGGCGCUAACGGGUAUGAAUGUUGCGAGGGGAACCAUGACAAUUGGAGAUCUCGUUCUUGCAAAUGGUCUUAUUCUUCAGAUUUCUGGACCUCUGCAGUUUUUGGGUUAUCUUUAUAGAGACCUCAGGCAGUCCUUGGUGGAUCUGGAGUCCCUGUUUGCUAUUCUCAGCACGAAACCAAGAUUGAAAGAUGGGAACUUUGACCUGAAUGCGUCAGCUAUUGGUGUCAAGCUGUGGGUGAAGCAUAUACGUUUUGGUUACUCACCAGCCCGUGAGGUUUUAGGAGGAGUGUCAUUUGCAGCUGAUCCUGGACAGAGUAUCGCCAUUGUGGGGACUUCUGGUUCAGGGAAGUCCACUAUAGUGAAACUAUUGUUGAGACUGUAUGACCCAGGUUCAGGUGCAUUGUACAUUGACGACCGCGACUUGCGUUCAUUAUCUCAGACCUCGUUGCGAAAUACUGUGGCAGUUGUUCCUCAAGAUACGGUACUUUUCAACGACACUAUUUAUCACAAUAUUGCUUAUGGACGACCCGAGGCGACAGAGGAGGAAGUGUAUCAUGCUUCCAAACAAGCGCGCCUUCAUGAUGCCGUGAAGCGUAUGCCAGAUGGCUAUGCCACAAUUGUUGGUGAGCGUGGGCUGAAAUUGAGUGGUGGCGAGAAGCAACGUGUUGCAAUAGCAAGAGCAUUUUUAAAGUCUCCACGGUUGCUAAUCUGUGACGAGGCCACCAGUGCUCUCGACUCUGGAACUGAGGCUGCUAUCUUGAGAUCACUGAAAGAAUUGGCAGCUGGUCGAACUUGUGUCUUCAUCGCCCAUCGCCUAAGUACAAUCAAGCAUUGCGAUAGGAUCCUGGUGAUGGAUGCUGGAAAAAUCAUUGAGGAAGGAACUCAUGAGAAACUCCUCAAGCAGCAAGGAGUGUAUUCAAGAAUGUGGGCACUUCAAGAGUCAGAAGGAAGCACGAAAAUCUUAAAGAUGGUUUAGUCAUCUAAGGGGGAAGAACACAUGGAGUAAAAGGUAAACAUGAUAGUUAGUAUGAAGGCUAAUCAAAAUUGAAAUUGCCUUCUUCUUGUACAGCAGAGAAAGGUGUCACUUAUGCCAGUGCCACGUCUAUAUUCUGUGUGUAUACGAGUCCUCCAUUCAUUGGUAAUGUCUCCUAUUCAUUGGUAAGCAUGUCUUACAUGACUCUGCCAUGUACAUUAACAAAUGGGGUAACACAUGAGGUAAUCAUGUGAAAGUAAUUAGCUGUUUGUCAACUAUUUUCUUCUAGCACAAGAAACUAUCCUGAGGAUUGCAGGAACCAUGGUUCUAUAUGCCAGUUACUGGAUCAGAUUGUAAAGUGGCUUCAAGAUUGAAAGAGGUAGAGUAAAAGACUAUCACGAAUUAGUCAAGCAUAUGCGUGUGUUCCUGUUCCAAGUGGACCACAUUAAUGUAUGCUUGUGUUUGCCCCACGUGUAUCAAUUCACAUGCCCAAUGGGACUGUCUUAAACACCAUAGCUUGAAG